AGUUUGGCUUAGGGGCGGAGGAGAGUGGGAGUUUGAAAUUGUUGCGCUGGGAAAUUUAUAUUACAACACAAGAUGAAGAAGAACAGAAGAGCAGAAUUCCAGCUCCUCUACAACAUAUGAAUACAGAUGGUCCCCACGACUGAGAGGAAACAUGGUUUCAGCUGGGAAUCUCAACGCCUCUUUACAAAAAAGAGAGGAGACGUAAAGUUUUUCACAAGCACAUCUGGCAACAGAUGCAGACUUCACUGAUUUCAACAAUGCUGUUUAUUUUUUCUCUUAAAUAUAUAAAGAUUCCAGAAUGCUAGUAUUGAUCGGUAUUAUCAGUGUCUUUAAUUGCAUCAGUGGGCAGACACUGGAAAGCAAGUGGAAGGGAAACCCACCUCGGUAUAUCUGCAGUGUGCCUGGGUUACCGGGACCCCCAGGACAUCCAGGGUCCAAUGGAGCUGCUGGACCUCAUGGACGCAUUGGCCUGCCAGGUCGAGAUGGCAGAGAUGGGCGGAAAGGAGAGAAAGGGGAAAAGGGAGACCCAGGUCUCAGAGGAAAGGCAGGCCCGGCUGGAAAAAUAGGAGGAAGAGGAGACAGGGGGCCUGUGGGGAAAAGAGGUCCUAAUGGGACUGGUGGGGAAAAAGGCUUUGUAGGCCCAGCUGGUCCGCCGGGGGAAAAGGGAGAUAAGGGCAAUCGGGGAAUACCCGGGAAGCCUGGCAUAUGUAAGUGUGGCAGCCUGGUGCCCAAGUCUGCAUUUUCCGUUGGCAUCACUACCAGUUACCCUGUGGAGCUGACCCCUAUUAAAUUUAACAAAGUUCUCUUCAAUGAGGGUGAGCACUACAACCCAAACACGGGCAAGUUUAUAUGUGCUUAUCCAGGCAUUUAUUACUUCUCCUAUGACAUCACGUUGGCCAACAAACACCUGGCAAUAGGACUGGUGCAGAACGGUCAGUACAGGAUAAAGACCUUUGAUGCCAAUACAGGAAAUCAUGAUGUGGCUUCUGGAUCUACUGUCAUGUAUCUGAACCCAGAGGAUGAAGUCUGGCUGGAGAUUUUCUUCACUGAUCAGAACGGGCUGUUUUCAGAUCCCAGCUGGGCUGACAGCUUGUUCUCUGGAUUCUUACUCUAUGCAGACACAAAUUACCUGGAUGCUCUUUCAGAGGAUUAUGCCUGAAACUUCUGAUCUUCUGUCAUCUAUUUAUCAUCAAAAGAUUUAAAACAGCAAUAAGAAAGAUAGAACCAGCUGAACCCAUUGGAAUUGUACGGAAAUUGUUUACCAGUGACUUGGUGAUCUUUCCUUAUACAUGUUGAUGUAAACCAUAUGCAGUUGUGUAUAAUGUACUGUAUAUACCAUAGUAUCAGUAGAAAUACCUAAAUUAUAAGUGGCUAUUAAUAUUUUUCAAGACUCUCUUGUUUACCCAUAAAACAUACUCAAUUUUCAUUAAUUUAAUGCAGAGAAUGUAUGCACUAGGAAAAGGUAACCAACACCCUCUUACAACAUUCUGCAGGCACCAAUACUUGGAUUACAAUUUAUACAAUUGCUCAUUUAUGAUUGUUGAGAGUGAAGCACUCCACAGGACAAUGUAAUGUUUUGUUUUCCUUGAUUUGGAAAGUGGUCAGACAACGAGAAGAUUGAACUUGCAGAGUAUUACAUCUAACAUACCUUUACGUGUAUGUAAUGCAUGCCAUAUUUUGAGAUGAGCAUUUCACAUCCAAAACACUUACAGAGGUGAACUUACAGUACAGUGCUUCUGUUUUUCUUUUGUGCUUUAACCUCUCCUGCUCAAAAGUGAUUUCAGAUAUUCACAUCAUCUGAAAGGCGCUUGUCAGUACUAAUAUCCCUGACUUCUACUGCUCCAGCAAUGGAUUACCAUACUUUUCAUUACAUAUGUUGCUCUCUUUUUCAUUGUUUUUCUGACACACAAAAACAUCACUUUUUCUUACCCUUGGCUUCUACAUGCUGAUGUUGAAAAUAAUAGUACAGGAAAUUGUCUGCCAGGGGAUUGUUUGUAAAUGUAAAACAUUGUUUUAUAGAACAUUCUUUCUUGACAAAUGGAUAGAUAUGGAAGGCUGUACAGCACAUGUUUUGAGUUUCAUAACUCAAACUAUGUAGUUAUUUUUAAAAUUGUACUUACAUCUUAUUUCUUCAUAAAAGUAACAUUUGGAAGUGAAGAAUCUUUUUUUUUAAAUAAUGACUAAUUUCCAGAAGGGAAGGUGGAGCUGGAAGAGCAGACUUUCAAGGAUACAAAGGUAUUCUGGUAUAUAUAAUAUAAUCUUUGUAUUAAUGACAAAAUCUUAGUUUAAAAUGUUAAAAUAUUAUAAAUAAAACAUAAAAUGAAAUAUAUAUUAAUUCACUUUCAGAUCAUAAUAUAAUGCUAAUAUAUGAUGGCUGAAGUUUAUGUUCUGGUGUAGAUUUUAACAGCUAACAUCUUAACAUGGAGAGUCUUGUUCUCUUAAUCUUAUGUAUAACUGAUGUAUUUUGUUAUUCAGUCAUAUUGAUUUUAUAAAUUGUAAGAGAUAAAAAGAUGCAAUAAUGGUCUUAUUAAAUACUUUUACAGAAACAAAAUCAAAAAUAACAUUAGCAGAUGCAGGAUUCAUUGAGUGUGAUUGUAUAUAUUUGUUGACAGAGAAUAGCACUGAGAGUCAUAUGAGACUGGAGCAACAUGUGGUAUUUUCAGUGCUGAGCAGCAUGUGGCAUUUUCAGGGUUGAAAUUAAAUUAAUCCUCAUGUUUUUAAAUUGAUUUGGUGUUUUUAUUCAAGUAAGGUAAAAAUCUAUUAGAGAAGGUACAGUGGUUGAAAGUUUUAAACCUUCAAACAUUGUUUCAGGUUUUCUCUAUACUCCCUCAUUUUACUUGUCACAUUAAACACAGUGAAAGUCAAUGCUGCAGCUCACACUCAGCAGUGAGGUGCUGAUGUUUAUGAGCAGUCAGUCACUGUGCCAUUUUAUGCCCUUGUUUUGCUGACAUGUCUGCUCCAGCUUUGUGUUCCAGUUUGCAGCCCUGGUUUCCAUGGCAGCAUUUUGUUGAUAUGUUUAACACAUCUUAAUAGAUGGACAGAGAGGAAAAGUGACUUUGAAAGUCUCACUCACACAUUAAACAGAUUAAAACAAAAUAUAAUAUCAGGUCUGGAGUUUUGAAUUGCUGGUGUCCCUCCAUUUUAAUGUAUUGGCAUAUGCCAGUAAAUUUAGGCUCUUAAAAUCGGUAAAGUCAUAAGUUAUCGUGACAGUUCAUCAUCCAGGUAAGACUAAAGGCCCAAUAUAUACACAUGCAUAAUAUAUAUCAACAAUUAAGGAUCCCACUCUGACAACGAAAUAGAAGAUGUGAUACAUUAUAAAUAAGGAUUAGCAGAUGCCAACGCCAGCAUGUUAUACAAGUAAAAUUUAACAAUUAUAAACCUCCUAUUGUAAGAGAAUAGUAAGUCACAUUUUUUUUGUUACAAACUAAUAACCACACCGCAAAACAUUAAAUUACAAAGACAUUUUUAUUUACAAUAAUACACAAUGUUUCAAUGACUACUUUAUACAGAUAUUAACAAUGCUGCGAAUGUUAGAACCUUACUUCUACAGAUAAGGGAACACAGAACUCUACUUUGCAGCUGAGGAAAAAAUAAAUAAAAAAUUGAUAGAUACUUUGUUGAUCCCGUGAGGGAAAUUGCAGAAAUACUUCUCAGUACUAACUUUCUCUGUAAACCAGAUGCUAAAAAAGGGAAUCUAUUUGCCUGUUCCAGAUGAUACAUCGCUAACAUAAUGAGAAAUUAUUUUUAGCCUGGUGGAUAUCACAAAUAAGAAAUCGAAACUUCCACAAAUAUAACACUAUCUUGUUUAAAUCCUAAUGUCAAUGUUUUGAGGACUGAAAUUACCUGGAAGCUCUGUAUCUUAGUCUAUAAAGGGUGAUGCUCUCUCAUGGAAGUACAGUAACUCCUUCUCCUCUCACUUCUGUUUCUUCAAUUUUGUUUCUGUGUGGUCUUUUAUCCUGUCUUCUCCUUUGAUGCUGUGAGAAGGCUGACAUUAUUA